GGGAAGAAAUGAAAGGGUCUGGGUUAUUAUACAGGCCUUGAUACAAGAUGCGUCAAUCUUGACCGUUGGAUACUCAUUAUUUAUUUAUUCUGGACCAUACAAACAGAGACCGGAGUCGGAGUAUUUAAGAUUUAAGAGACCUAAAGGUCAAAUAGUCUGACUGAGGAUCUCUACGAAGUCUAAAACCAAACCCUUAAUCCAUUUCCCAGAUUUCGAAGGUAGAUUGACAUAAAAAUGUUUAUAAGGAAACCCCCACUUCCUCGGAUGCUCCUAAACAACGUCUCUUGCAUGAGAAAUGCCCAAUUAAUUCUUCGCAACAUCAACGCCUCAGUUCACGAUGGAGGUGCGCUUGUGUUAACAGGAGCAAAUGGUGCGGGGAAAUCCACAUUUUUACGAAUGUUAGCUUGUUUCUCACGACCAUCGGCUGGAGAGAUCCUGUGGAAUGGGCAUGACAUCACAAAGUCAGGAGUUUUUGAGCAAUACAAACUCCAACUCAACUGGUUAUCCCUCAAAGAUGCUGUCAAAGAGAAGUUCACUGUUCUGGAUAACGUUCAAUGGUUUGAAGUCCUUGAAGGCAAGUCUGGUAAAUCAAAGGCAGCUUUGGAACUCAUGGGUCUAGGCCGACUUAUUAAUGAGAAGGCAAGGAUGCUUUCCAUGGGUCAAAGGAAAAGACUCCAGCUUGCUAGAGUAGUAGCACUUGACCGUCCAAUUUGGUUGCUCGAUGAACCGUCAGUGGCAUUGGAUACUGAAGGUGUGAAAUUGCUUGAGCACAUUAUUGCUGAGCAUCGAAAGAAAGGUGGGAUCGUGUUCGUCGCAACUCAUUUACCUAUCCAGAUCGAUGAUGCGAUGAUUUUGAGGUUGCCAGAGAGGUUCCCAAGAAGGAAAACCAUGGUGGAUUUGCUUGAUUGAUUAUGAAGUGGUGUAUUGAGAGGGUUACUUGGGGGUUUUGUUUUGUGGUAUUGGGAGCGGGACCUUUUUAGUCAUUGACUAAUCAAUUCACUCAUUCCUUAACACGGCGUGCUCCCAAUUUGUCACCGAGUAUUAGACUCUGGAGACACACCUGGACUUGUAAAAAAACCAAGAACGGUUAAGCAAAAAGGGUCCUUACGUUGAUUAACUGUUGAAAUAAUUAUGAUCAUCUCAUGACAAAGACCAAUAUUU